AAAGAGCAGUUGCACCAUAAUAUUAAAGCAAAUAAAAAAAUUCCCGAUAAUCACAUUUUUAUAGACAGUGGCAGUUGACACAGUUGUCAUAUUUUCAUGGCGCAAGAUGUUUUUAGCAAAAUGGCUGAGGAACAGUGGAUUCUAAACGAAGAUGGUUAUUUAAAUAUAGAUACAGAUGUAAAAGAAAUAAUAUACCAUCCAUAUCUUAAUGUCAUCUUAAUUUGUACCCACACCGGAGUAGUAAGAGUUCUCGACGUUAAUUCUGGUGUAAUCCUACACUCCAGUUCUCUCUCAGCGCAAAAUCUAUCGGAUGUGAAGUGUAAAUACAUUCCAUCUUUGGACAGAGUCUUAUUUACAGAUGGGCAAGCUUUGGGUGUGAGAUCAGACUAUAAUGGUGUUUUAUUACUUGACAGUAUUCUCCAAAAAAAUAUAAAUGACAGUAAAGAGGAAGUUCAAAUUGAGCUGCCACUAUCAGAGGCAAUUAUUUUAAAAGAGAGCCUUAUCUCUAGCAAUAUUCAUGGUGUGGAUGAAAUUAUAAAUGAGCUCACACAAUUAACUUCAGAUGCACAAAAGCAUCAUAAAAAGGGUAUUAAAGCGCAAAAAUGGAACACAGUUUGUUUGACAGUACCUUUAGAAGAUUUAAGAUAUGCAACAUCAACUAUAGUAUCAAAUUUAUUAACCAAAAAACAGCAUAUUCCCGAAUUGGGAGUGGCUUCGGCUGUUCAAGAAAGACUCUCGGAUCUACUAGGAGAAAAAGUAAAUGCUUCAGAUAGAAAAUCAAUGGCAAGCGAAUGGAGGAGAAGGGAAACUUAUAGCCAGUGGCCUCACAUGGAUUAUAGAUGGGCUUUGCCGGACCAAAUGGCACAAGCAGGUUUCUAUCAUCAACCUAAUACAUCAGGUGAUGAUCGCGCCAUGUGUUUCACGUGUUCAGUUUGUCUGGUGUCGUGGGAACGAACUGAUGAACCUUGUAGCGAACACGAACGUCAUUCCCCAAACUGCCCGUUCGUAGUAGGUGAAUAUACACAAAAUGUUCCUUUAUCUGUCACAUAUGCUACUUGUGCCGCUGUGGAUGCCACAUACGGAGGACAAUGCAUAAGAGUUCUAGGUCAUAGUUCAGUUGUAAAUUAUAUACCAGCAGCAAAUAAUGAUGGAUUAGUAUCAGUAUUUGACGUUACUGGGAAAGUUAGAAGAGAUUAUUGUUUUUAUGUCACUCAGUUUGAUUCUUUUAUAUUAGAUAAAUACACACAGGAUUUUGGACAAAGUGGGGGAUGGCUUGGAACUGAUAUAAAAAAACAUCCAGUUGAAAAGAAAAUCGGCGCAGUUUGUAUAGUAGGUGAUAAUAAAUCUAACGAUUCCAAACCAGCUAGACCAAGUAUAAUAUGUGGUUUAACACUCACCAGUCAGUCUAAUAAUGAUACUCGUAUUAUUUCCCAACCAACAACAGAUUAUUCAUCAAACACUAGAUUAUAUUUAGUUGUGUACGAUUUUACUUAUAAUAAAGAAUUAGAAGACCAAGAAAUACUCCAAUGUAAUAAUACAGUAAAAGAGACAAUCUAUGUACCAUUAGAAGAUUUUGAAAAAAAGGACAGUUUUUCUGACUUUUUGGACAACUUAGAUCCCACAAUGUCUAGUUAUUACAAAAGUUUCUUACCAGGAGAAAGCGAUGAAGUUUUUUUACCCCCGUCGUUAACAUUGAAGAAAAAUCAUACAGGACCCAAAGUGCUUGUUUUCGAUGAUUUCAGUAAAGUCCCUAUUUCAGAUUCCAGUCUUCCUCCUUCCAAAGCAAAACAUCUUUUCAAUGGUCCAAUGAGUUGUGCAGAAAGUGAAGCUAGUAUAUCAGAUCACAUAGCAGAGGUUAAGAAUAGCAAAUCUUCAAAGAAACUCAAUUAUUCCCGAGCAGUACAGUGCGUUAGUAUACCAGAAUUUUGUAAAUCCUGUCAAGAUCUAGAAAUAUCAGACAUAAUACCUACACAUGAUCAAAACCACUUAUUAAUAUGCCUAAAAGGCUCUAAAACAUCUGAAAGUUUCCUUGUCAUAUAUCAGCUGGAUUUUAGUGAAAAGAUGGUCAAAUUGAAAGAAGAGCAUGUACUUUUAAAACAAUUAGCUGCUAACGAAAAACCACUAGAAAUAAAUUUAUUACCAGUUAUCGAUAAAUUUGGAAUUGUUCCUGACAAAUGUUGCGAAGCAGAAGGAAAUGCCAUAAUGGUGUGUGAAGAUGGCGUUGUCAGAAUUGUUAGUCUAUCUGAUUUGAAUAUUAUAUGUUAUGCUAAAAUCGAAGAUGAUGGUUUCGUAUCUGCUGCAUUUUGUAACAGCCUUGAUAGACUCUGCGCUUCAACAAAGAAUGGUUCCCUUCAUUUUUACGUUCUUAAUAAUGCAGAAAAUGAAUCAAGCGACGAUCACGAAGAUGACGAUCCGUUUGGCAUGAAUGUAGAUAGUGCGAACGCUCUGUCACAAUCUCUGGAUAACUUGGAUAGUACAGAAAUAAUGAAAUGUUUCCAAAAACCUCCCGAUACCAUUCCCUUAAAUGAUCUAAAAACUUUAAAGUUUUAUUGUGACUUUGAACCCCUAAAAACAGGUUAUUGUGUAGUAGUACCUCCUUGUUGGAGUGAAUUUCAGCAAUCGUUAAGGCAACGUAGACAACCUCAAUGUGAUGGUGAACAAAGUUCGAAAACUUGGAGAUUAUUAACGGAUACUACGACAUGGGAUGAGCAUAUAUUUGAAAUUACACUACCAGGAGCGACCGUAUUAGGACACGUCGAUGUUCAUUUUACUCUUCAACCAAGCAGCACUUUACCGAAUGUCGAAAUUACGUUGUUGCGACAAAAUAAAAACGGCAUCGGACACAAAAGAGACGUAAAAUUUGCCGUAGAUGAAACUGUAACAAUAGACAUGUUGCAAUGGGUAGAUAAUCCAGUAACAUCCCAAGAAUAUCUAAGAGCCCAUAACGCCGAUAUCCUCGCAGGUCCUAUAGAUCUAGCUUCCCACUUAGAUCUAACAGAACAAAGUGGCAUUGUUACUCUAACGAGUCCGAAAUUAUACAAAACCAAAGUGAGGAAUCUACUUCUUCACAUAAGAGCUGUCAACGCUAAAGACGACGGUAAAAGUAAAGCUAAAAAGAACACAGAUCGAUUUUCAACUAUUAAUACAGACAAAUUCGGUUUGCCUCCUCUAAAAACCGACAUUUACAUGGGUUGCGACGUCAUACACGAACUAAGUUUAACUUUACACACGGUGAAACAUCCCGAGAAUUCUAAAGAACGAGCACAGAGGAGCUUGAUGCUGGAAUCCGGUAUUUUUGUCGAGUCGUUACUGCUUACAGCCGUUACUAGUAUAAAUAACGACGAGAUCGGUUUAGUAUUGGAUACGUUAGAUUGGAUCGCUUCGAUAAGAUUGAGUAGAAAUCGCAGUAAUAACGGAGAAGCGCCUAAUCAACAACUGGAGUUUCUGGGUAUGAUUGAGGAACGUUUAGAGGUGUUGUUAUACCAGUGUUUGUUACUGGGAGGCAGGAGUGUGGCUCACAAGGCCGUUCGGUUAAUCAUCACAUGCUGCAGUGGUUCAGAAAAUAUCAGCCCCAGUUGUGGAGAUCACUUUAAUUCAUCGGUGCUUAAAGCACUGACUUCAAUUCUAGACUCUAUAACUGAAAUAAAAUCGGCCAGCGGUUUACAAUGGAUGUUUUCCCUCUUACUGAAAGUAACUGCAAAAAAUAAAGAGUCUAUGAUAGCCACCAAAUGCACAGCACUUCUUAGCAAUGUGGCUAAUGAACUACUCAAAAGAUCAAACCCAUAUCAUUUAGUCUUAAGAGGUAGAUAUGGUUUGUAUGGCACUCCAAUGGAACCAGAACUAUUUGAUGUGGAACCACCUCCUUAUAUCAAAGGAGAUCGUUCAUCUACUUACAUGUUACCUUCAAAUCCAACACAACAAGAACAAACACCGAGUGUUAUAAGUACAUCUAAUUAUUCUUUUAAUAAGGACAGCAUUAGUCCUAAGGACAUUCUAUCUACAUCUACAACAAAACUCAAAUAUAAAAACGUCGCUUCAUUGCGAAUUAUUAGAGGUCUUAUAGAAACUCAACCUCUACAUUUUACUUGCAUAUGGUCCAGUGAAGGUACUAGAGUCGAAAGGGCCGAUUCCAAUAUUAAUUCUGCUUUUUUAAAUAACGUUCCUAUUGCUUUCUCAUCUGUAUCCAGUGACCCUUUGGGAGAAGAAAGUGUAGAAAAAGUAAUGGAUAAAAUCAAAGUGAUCAAGGAUGAAGUUAAAGAGAAACCAGGUUAUAACAAAUGGGUGAUUGAGAUGUUGCAAGAUUCGGGAUAUUUAGAGCAUAAAGGCAUUAGCGACAUAGUAUUUAUAAAUCCAAAAAUGUCAGUUCAAGAAAAACCGCUAGAGAUGCCAAAUAAAUCGAUGCAUAUACCAGAAAGCAACGAGCCGGCCAGAUUACCAGGAAAUGGUUUACCGUGGCAAGAACUUUUAACUAUUCCUCCAAAACAAGUAAUUGUAGUCGAGAGGAUGCAAUCUGGAGCAAGGCGACAUAUAACUUUGGAUUUUGGAAAACCAGUCCUAUUGACGGAUGUUUUUAUACCAUUCUGUGCUGAUUUGGUAACGUUAACAAUUGACAUUUGGCUAAAAGGGGAAGAUGUUGAUGAAACUAGAUUAGUUGUUGCUAUGGACAUUGGUACAAGAAAUUUGCUACUAACGGACUUACAACCCCCUCCUUUAUGUAGAUAUAUGAAGAUAACCGUUGUUGGUCGAUAUGGGAUGUCAACUGUGAGAUGCCGUAUACCUUUAGGUUACUUUUAUGGUCAUAUAACCGUCAUGUCUGAUGAAACUUCACCAGAAAUUCCUCAAAGUUCAAAUACAACUUCGACGCCAGAUUUAGAUAAACAACUUGGAAUACUGUCAAAAUUAUUUGAAGAUAUUAAUUGUAGAUACAGCUUAGCUUGUUCGAAGUUAAAAGAACUUCUGCAACCUUUUAUAGUAGCAGAUAUGAAAAACGCGGCCCAUUUAGCAACAUAUAUGAAUAUAUUAAAAGAUAGAAAUACGAAUAGUAAUAACGCGGAACAUACCAAAAUUGUAGGGGCUUAUCAAGAAAGUAUUAAAUAUCAGUAUCAAUUGAAUAUAAUAAAAAACGUUAUGACUAGAAUUGAGGGUAUUUCUAAUGUAAAAAAUAAUAAAUCUUCCGAAAUUUCCACGGAUAAACUAGCAUCAAUAGCUGAGAGUUUAUUGGAAGUACUCCUUUCAAUUGAUGCAACAACAGAAAUGUCGAAAGAAGAAUGUCAACAAUUCUUUAAAGGUCUUUGCAUGACCCAACAUUCUAGGUUACAACUAUUGGGAGCGAUGUUUUUAGAAAAACAUUGCGGAAAAUCAUUAUUCUGGGGCGACUUUUUAGCUGAUACUCUAGCUGAAAAUUUCGCAACCUCCUGCAUCCAAAGAUUCCCCCAAGACAGAUUAUUCAUUCUGCUUUCAUAUCUAAGUAGAAAAUCUUCGGAAAAAAGCUCUUGUAUCGAUGCUGCUUUAAGGAUACUUCACGACACGUUGACACCUUUAAUAACAAACAGAAGACCGUUAUUAGCUGCCACUGUAGAUUUGCCGUUAAUAUCAUGGGAACUCAUGUAUCUUUCAUUACAAUUAUCUCUAUGUAAGACAUCUUCGUCCUCUAUAAAUAGGUGGAAUUGGGUUUUGGGCGAAAUGGUUGGAACUAAGAACGUCGAUAAUUCAAAAGGGAAUAACAGAAAGAAAACUUGUAAGAGGAUGGUACAAGUAUCCAGCAAUACCUUACCUAGUUAUUCUAGUAUUGUAGUAAACUCUGAUAACUCCUAUCAACAAAAAAUGAAAAGUAUGUCUGUCCAUGAUAAAUUGACAAGAUUGAAGUGUAUAAAGAAAAUACAAGACGAAGUAAGAUUGGCCAAGGAAAAGAAAGAACAACCAGUCGAGAAACAGCAUCCUCUACUUAAAAUGCCACAAAAUAUCAACAGUAAUCACUGUUUAGUCGUAGCAAAAGGUCUAUUACAAUUGAUUUUGUCAAUGGAUCAUUCUAGUAGUGCAGAUAUGCUCUUAUUAUGUUUCAAGGUUAUAUCAAAAUUAGUUAUACUUGCAAAACUACAAUUGGGUCAGCUUCUUAAAGAAAAUCAGUUGCUUGAUCUCAUUCAUUUCUGCAUAUCUAGCAAAAUACCUUGGGCGCCAUUUGCAUUAGCUUGUUUCCUACAAGAUGUUAUGGAACUCAGUUCGGUCAAAAUAGAAGAUAUUGAAAUGGAAACUGAAACAGUUUCAUCACCUAGUUGGAUACAGAAUGAUGCAGCAACAGAAGUAGAUAAUUCAGAAGACAAUUUCAACGUUGAUACAUUAGUCGCAGAAACAUCCAACAUACAAUCUAAAUCCAACUCUCUUUUAAACAGUUACAAAGAACAUUUGGACGUUGAAGCAGUCGUAGAAGCAUUAUUGCCAAAGAAAAGUAGUACACCGAUACCCAUGUUGAAUAAUGCCAAUUUUCCACCUCUGCCUUCUGUUUUCGAAUCAGAAGAUUCUGAUUUUGAUGAAUUAUUAGGAGAUUCGCAAAAAAUUAAAACAACUUCGAAAGUUUCUAAACAAAUAACUGCUUCCAAUUCCGGAUUGUCCUGUGCAAUGGAUAUGAGGUUAGAGUUGGGUGUUCAAUCCAACUCGGAAAUAACUUUGAAAAAAUUAUUAAUAAGGAACACACAUUUGUUGAUACAGAACGUUUCGUUGGAGACAUCUCAAAAAGAGAGUUAUAAUGAACUGAAUCAUUGGCCUACUGCUUUAGAAAAUUUACAACCAGAAUCUUCUCUAAACAAUCAAAAACUGUUGACAUUUUGUUUUGCAUCAUUAUUUGAAAAUAUCCACAAUCAUGAUCCCUCCAAAAUAGAGCACAUCCUCCAAUUGUGGUUAACUUUAAAUUCUUCGAAUAAAUAUGAACAAUUUGCACCUGGGGCUAUUCCUCAAAUCGUGUUGAACUGUAGUUCCAUCAAUUAUUUGAUUAGUGCGAUGGCCUGGACACCUGGCUUAUCAUUAACAACAUGGUGCAGUGCUUUACAAACGUUAACUUUGGUUUGUAAUACUAAUAAUGGGAAAAAAUGGUUUGAUUUGUCUGGCAUGGCGCAUACUAUCGUCACGCAUGUGAAUUUUGUGCAGUUCUUCUUAAAUCUCUUGUCUGGUACCGGACCCGUUUUCAAUGGAAAAAUACUGGCCGGUCCUCUACUGUGUAAAGCCCUACAUGAUUUUUUAGUAAGAUUACAAAUAAGAUGCGACGUUGUCAGUCCAACAAGUAAAUUAGGAAAUCUUUUGAAAUCUACGUUACUGAAGGUUACAUACCAAUUAACUAGACCUUCGGGUUCAGUGGCUUGUAGAUUGGGUCCAUUAGAUGCUCAGUGUAAAUUAUUACAAACUAUGUUGUAUUUAGAUUUCGCUAACUCUGAUUUGAGUAUAGCAAUGAGCACUUUGGAAAGCACAGCCGCUUUAGUUCAUAGUUAUGUGAUAAAUAGUGAACGAGUCAAGUGUAUAAGUAUAGGUGAAAAACAGGCUGUUAUGACAAGCACUUUUAGCGAUAUAUUCGCCAGUGUCUUAGGUUCGGAUUCUAAUAAACAAGAUAGACCAGUAUCCUACGAAGAUUUGUUGAUAUUAUUAUUAAAAUUAUUAGGCAAACUAGUGCAAACGCCAUUGCCGAAUCAACAGGAAGCGAUGGAUACAGAAUCAGCAGCAACAUCGCAAACAGAUGAAUCCAAAGCUGAGCAAAUAAAUCAAGAAAAUUCUCGCAUCCAACAGCAAAUUCCGUGCUUCGCAGACAUAGUCCUUCAACAUCAUCCAACCGUUAUAAGAUUAUGUCGCUGUCUGGCGGCAUGUAAGUCAUCUUCACUUUGUAUGCUUGCUAAUGUUUCACAAAAGGUAGCUUUUUCCACUUUAAGCGAACCGAAUACAGUAGGGGACGCAAUAUUUCAUUUAUUGGCGUUAUUGGCUCGGAAAGCUUCGAAUAAAGAUUUGUUAUUAAGACCGUUAUUAAUUUUUUUAUCGCAAGCGCCGCAGCUUAGCGAACCUUUGUUGUGGUUCAUAUUGCAAGUUUUAGAUACAGAAGAAGCAAUUGAAAAAUUCUUUGAUGCAGGUGGAAUUACAAUAUUAGGUAACAGCAUUGUUAAUAGUACAACUUCACCUAGUACUUUAUCAAAAGUUGGUACUAUAUCAACUGUAAUGCAACAUUUUAGUAGCAUUAAUAACACUCCAGACGUUCGGAGUAUUAUAUCUUCAGCUUCUUCAUCCAAAAAAGUUAUGCAAACGUCGAUAGAAAAUAAAAUGGCUUUAGUAAACUUUGCACCAUAUUGUACAAUAUCUUGCGAAUCAAGCACAGCUCAAUCUGCAGAUGUUUUGAUACAAGGUUCAGCGGGCUGCACCCAUAGACGUGCAAGAGCUCCAUUAUGGUCAUAUCAUUUUUAUCCUGAAGAAAAUCAUACUGAAUUGAUGUUGCAAUUACCUAACGCUGUUUUAUUAAGGGAGGUGCAGCUGCAACCCCAUUCUGCCAAUUUGGCUACUUCACCAUCGUAUGUGGCUUUAGAGGUAUCAGCUAAUGGUCCAUCUAGACUUUCACCAGUUUGCUUACCUCUGCCAACAAGUGGUUUAACUUUUAUACGCUUACAUCUACCUGUGCCAAAAGUAGUGAAUUGCGUCUUGAUUAGAUUGUACAAACCCCAUGAUGCAAACAGUAUAGGUCUCAUAUAUAUUCGUUUACUUGGUAACUAUGCUUUUGGAGGUAGUUUAAUGCAAGGAUCUGAUGCGGAAGAUGAAUCACAUUGCAAACAUAGUUUAGGAUGGCUCAGAUUAUUGCAUCAUUGUUUCACGUUGGGUUCGAGUACAGAAGUGAAACGUCAAAUUAUAGAAAGUGCUUCAGCAGUACCUAAUCUACUUACAACUUGUUGUGGGCUACUUUUAGUACCAUCACAUAUAUUACCCGUUUAUCUUCCAUGUUUAGAAAAAGUAUUAAGAGAAUUGGUUCUUCAUAGUUCAGAAAAUAGUUACCAAACCAUAAAGGUAUUAUUGGACAGUAGAUCAGACAUAGAACCUCUGAUGGUAGCAGAUGCUAGUUGGCAAGACAGAUUAAUCAAUAUUUCCGGAUACCAAUCGGCGUGCGAGCUAUUAUACCAAAUAUGCGAACACCAAGAUGAUGAUACUCCUUACAGAAUAAAAAUAAUUUUGGAAUGGUUAGAAACUACUAUAAACGAAGCGAUUCUAAUCCAAAAUACCAACAAUUGUAACGCAGCUUAUUUCUCCAGUAUAGCUUCGAUUCUAUGGACGGCCAAGCAGACUCAAGUCCAGUACGAUCUAACAUCGCUUAUAUCCUUAGAUUUGUUUAACGCGAUAUAUACAUUGAAAACGCAAUCAAAAUCGAGCAUCAGUCUCAAAUAUUCGUUGGAUUCUUUGUUAUGUUCGUUAUGUUAUAUAAUGCCCGAUCUAUUCCCAAUUUUAUUAGAAAAAAUCGGUGUGUUGGUACCAAAUCUAUCGACUGGUCAUCAAGCGUCCAUUAGCGACGAUAGAAAAGAUUCAGAAGGCUUAACAGACGACAAUAAAAGAGUUUUUGAAACAACUACAGAAUGGUACGGUCAUUUAAUUAUAGGAGACCUAUCAAACUUGAACCUCACUUCAGAACAAUUAGAAACCAUAGCCCUAGUCAGCAGAUCUCCCACAUCUAUCCAACAAUUACUCGAUUCCGGAUUACCGAAGCUUCUGAACAGCGCAAUAUUGGAAUUUUGCCACAGCGAAAACGAAUCGGCGAUACCUAUGGCUAAAUUAGAAAACGUUUCCAGCAUAUUACAGUUCUUCACUGACAUAAGCGAUGAAAAAAUGAUGAGAGAUUGGUUGGGCUCCGAAGAUGGCUCUUCAUUUUGGUUACAUUUAUUAAAGUGGUUGUGUAAAUCACCCAAUUCCAAAAUAUCUAGCCUACAAACUGAAGCGCGUGUUCAUUUAGAAGAAGUCUGCGUUAAAUUUUUGUCUAAAUGUUGUUUAUGUCAUUCUACGAACCAAGCUAGAUUAUCUAAAGUACUAUGUGAUGUCAUAUAUAUGCAGCCCAAUGGCAUAUCCGGAUUUAUGCGUAGAUUAAUAUUACAAUUGCUACUAGAAAACGAGAAAAUUCCUGUCAAUAUAGAAGCAGACGAAACUCUGUAUAAAAGUUCUAAACUCAUCCAAAGCUACAUUCCCGCUCAUCCGGCUUUUAAGCAAACAUACAAUCGUGCCAUGUUGUGUCUGAGCACUAACACUACACUAUUGGAGAUCCUUGAACAACAUAUAUUCUUCAAAAUUUCUUAUAAAUCAGAAUUGUCUCUCAAUAAGAAGAAUAAUUAUACCACAAAGAGGGAUAUUUUCAAAUCGUGGUUCGCUGCUGAAGAACAGGAGAUGAGCAUGGCUGCAGGAGUUACCGCCAAAGAUAAACGUGCCAAAGAUGCAAAGAAUCAAUCUACGGCAACACCUCAGUCCAAAAAGAAAAGGUACACUUCCAAUUCGACUAAUGCUACAGACGUCAUUGAAGGUCGAAUCAUUAAGUGUGAAACAUAUUCCGAUCAACCACUGCCUCUCACUGUAAAUCUGGGACAACUUUUAAGACUGAUUGAGUCCAAAGGGAAUACCACCGAUUGGCCUUACAUACAUCUUAAAAUCUACCAGUGUAAAAACAAUGAUGAAAAAUGUAAUAACGAAGCGAAUUCAUCAGUGUUCCAACAACCACCUAUAUGCAGUGCCUUACAAGUUUUCAGUUCGAUGGGUGGUCUUGCGUUAUUGGCUCAACACCUACCCACAGUUUAUCCGGAAGCAAUCAGAUCAGCCAUUUUAGAAAAAUCUCCACCAGACUCAUCAGAUUCCGAAUGGAUUAAAGUUGAUGAAUCCGAUGAUGUAUAUGAAGACAUUUUGGAAGAUGCCAUUGGGACCAAUUCACCUUCAAAGUCAUCUGUUAUUAUAUCUCAUGUACCACCUCAUUCAUUAACUGCAUUCGGCUUAUUUUUGAGGCUACCUGGGUAUGCUGAAGUUUUGCUAAAAGAUAUGAAAAAAGCUUUGUAUCUACUUAGGUUAACUUUAGGUGUUACUGAUGACGGAGAAGGUGGCGAUAUAUUUAAUUCUCCCAUCUCGGAUUCUUUACCAACAUUACCAUUUGAAGUUUUAAAGAAGUUGUAUGACAGUACUCCUUUGAGUACCGACGAUGGUCGACUGUUGAGAAGGAUAAGUAUCAAUAUAGGAGUAGUUCAUCUACUUUUAGCAUGUAUUGGAAUAUUCUCUCAUCAAUCUAAUAAUGGUAAUGAUAAGGAUAAUCUGAAUGUAAAACUGAAAGAGGACAAGUCACAAUUGUAUUGGGCCAAAGGUACUGGAUUUGGUACAGGAUCCACUCAACAAAGUUGGAACGUUGAACAAGCACUUUUAAAACAAAAAAGCGAAGAAGAACACGUAACGGUCCUUCUGCAAGUGUUAGCAAGUUAUAUAAAUCCAAAUGACGAUGCAGAUGAUGAAUUAACUGAAAAUGUAUUACCUCGCGCUUUCUACGAACUGUUAACUCAAAGUGCGCUAUUACCGGCUAUUAGUUCUUACCUCAGAAACGAUUCAGUUUUAGAUAUGGCCCGACACAUUCCAUUGUACAGAGCAGUUCUCCUACUACUCAGAGCCAUUGCCGUUAGUUCUCAGUUAGUUAGUUUAUUAUUACCACAAAAGAACAAAAACAGUGAACCAUCGAUUAGCUCUUUAUUGAAAAACAUGAAGAGUUGUGUAGAUACGUACGCUUCUAAACUUAGAUUGAAUACAAAAAGCAAAUCAAAAAAUAAAUUGGGAGAACAAUUGGAAGAACUGGAUCAAGGAGAAGGUUUGGCGACGUUGAUGCCGGAUAUACAGAACACCGCCAAUUUGGUCUCGAGGGUAACUAGCGGUUUAGCGGAAUCGGAUUUUGCGUACGACAACGAAAAUUCAAUAGAUAAAAAAGUUGUGGCAUCAAUGGAUGAACAGUAUUUGAGGAUUAUGAAAAAUUUGCAAUUUUCCUCCUAUGAAAUGAUUACGGAAUUACCGGAAGGAGGAAUAAAAUUUGUGGUAUCCCAUCAUUUCGAAAACAAUGCUAAGACAACUAGUGAGCAAUCGCAUCCUACUAGAGUGAAGAGGAUAGCGCAAGAGGCUGUGACAUUAUCAACUAGUUUACCUUUAAGUUAUAGUAGUUCUGUUUUUGUUAGAUAUGAUAAUUCCCGACUAGAUGUCAUGAAAGUGUUAAUUACAGGUCCUGCAGACACUCCAUACGCGAAUGGCUGUUUCGAAUUAGAUGUAUUCUUUCCUCCUGAUUAUCCCCUGUCUCCAAUGAUGAUAAAUUUGGAAACGACAGGUCAUCAUACUGUCAGAUUUAAUCCCAAUCUAUACAAUGAUGGUAAAGUAUGUUUAUCUGUACUGAAUACGUGGCACGGCAGACCAGAGGAAAAAUGGAAUGCUCAAACAUCCAGUUUCUUACAGGUUUUAGUUUCUAUACAAAGUCUUAUUCUUGUUCCAGAACCGUACUUUAAUGAACCAGGUUAUGAAAGAGCCAGGGGUACUCCAGCUGGAACAGUUAGCUCUAGAGAUUAUAAUCUUAAUAUAUGUCAAGCAACUGUUCGAUGGGCGAUGUUAGAGCAAAUUCUCAAUCCCUGUCCUUGUUUCAAAGAAAUCAUCCAAGCGCACUUUUAUAUAAAGCGUUUCGAAAUUAUAGCACAAGUAGAAAAAUGGAUAAGCGAGGUGGAACAAGAAGUAACAAAAGAAAAAAAAUCGCGGACGAAUAAAAAAUCGCCCGCAAGUACGUUAGAAAGUUUUAAAAAAGUCUAUCAACAAUUAAGGGAAGCUUUGGUAAAAUUAAGACCGCCUCCGGAUUUAGAAGAGGACGAAGAUGACCUACCUUCGACACCUACAAACAACAUGGAAGUCACUAUAGAUGUGCAUCAAGUUGAUAACAUGGAAAAAGACAUGAUGAAAAUGGUGAAUGAUAUGUGCGAAUGAUUGAAAUAAAAAAAAACUGGUAGAACUCAUAUAAUUGAUCGUUUUUUCUGUGGGUGUUUCAGGCUACCAUGAAGUAGUUAGAAUGUUAUCGGUUGGUGAAGAUUUUAUUUUUAUAUGAUUUGAUUUUUGGAAAUUGAUUGAAUAUAUUUUUUUUGUAAUUAUAGUUGAUCUAAAUUUUAAGAAUUCAUUAACGCAUAUUAGCCAUUUGAAUAUUGUAUAAACACUUUUUUUAAUAAUAUAUAUUUUGUUUCUAUUUAUUGUUGCUGUUUCAGUAGUUGAAAUACCCAAAGAAUAAUAAAUCGGUGCAAAUUCAUGCAUUUACUUUUUGUCUCCUUUAUAUUGUACAUUAAAUUCGACUUGAUUUCAUAGAGCAAUAUUUUAUAUACUUUUUGCAAGUAUUAUGAUUCGCCAAACGCCAAAAAUAUGUCGUUCCGGCGGGGUUACCGUGUCGUAACAUGUGUCAUUAUUUGUGGUAGAUUAACAAAAAAAAAUAAAUUAUUCCUUAAUUUUAAAUUGUUUAUAAAUAAAUGUGAUGACUAAAUAAUAAAAUGAUGCCGUUUUAAAA